CAUUCUAAACUCAACCUUUUUCUCAAGAAUUGUUUUGUAAUUAGUAAACCCUGUCUAACUUUGAAAAUUGAGGAACUAGGGAUAGAUGGGGACGGAGGCAAACACAGCAGAGCAGACGCCAACAGAAACGACGCCGGAGCAUGUGGAGGCCUUGCUUGAGGCUGCUAGAUACGAUGAUCUCGACGACGUCGUAAGCCUAGCCACCGCCGGCGUUCUUCUUGAUUCCAAGGACUCACUUGGCCGAACAGCACUUCAUAUGGCUGCAGCUAACGGGCAUCUUGACAUCGUAGAUUAUCUUGUCAACAGAGGAGUGGACCUUAAUGCUUUCAAUGAGGAGAAGAAUACACCUCUUCAUUGGGCUUGCCUCAAUGGGCAUAUUGAGGUGGUUAAGAAACUGAUCUUGGCAGGCGCAAAUGUGAGUGUUUUAAACAGCUACGAGAGGACACCGAUGGAUGAAGCAGUGAGUCGGGAUAAGGUGGAUGUCAUUGAUGCAAUUAACGCAGCAGUGGCACAAGUAGAACUUGCUGGUAUCAGGGUUUCCUAAUGUUCGAGCCUAAUUGAAGUCAAAGUUCUGAAAGAGUUUCUAGUGUGUUUUGGUUAAAAGAUUUCAUUAUUUUUUUUCUUUUAUAAAUUACAAGCUUGUAAUGUGAAAUUUUUGUUCAGAGCUGUUGAGUCUCUACUGGCUCUUUGCA